AUGUGGAUCCCGACCAAAACGAAGAAAUACGGUGUCGCCAUCUAUAACUGGAAAGGCGUCACUCGUUUCGGCCUCGCUCUGGAAAUAGGAGACACAAUCCAAAUUUUAGAAGAGUGUGAAGGCUGGUACAGAGGAUUCGCCACUAAAAAUAGAGCGCACAAAGGCAUAUUUCCUCAAAGUUACAUUUUUCUAAAGCAAUGCAAAGUGGACAAUGAAGGUCUGUUUGAGAGUGUAGUGCCAUUAGAGGAUCCUGUAGUAAGAGAAGUUACUUUGGUUUUAAGAGAAUGGGGACGAAUAUGGAAAGGAUUAUUUGUGGAAAGAAACCUUUACAAAUUCGAGACUGUAGGAAAAGUGAUGCGAGAUCUUUUGGAAUGGAGAAGGCAAUUGGUUUCUGGAACUUUAACCCAUGAUCAGACUAGGGAAUUAAAAAUGAAGAUAAUACAGAAAAUUGAUUGGGGGAAUCGAAAACUCGGUCUCGAUUUGGUACCGCGUCAAGGCUCUAACAUGGUCGAACCAGACUCGAUGUCUGUAGUUGAGCUCUAUCAUGUUCAUGUAGCCAGUGCAGAAAAUUCUUUCACUGUUUCAUCUAGAGGUACAAUCAAGAAAAAGGAGCUCAAGAAAACUCUAACUCAUCAUCUAUAUUUUUGCAUGCGAGACUUUGGCCAUCACAUUGGUGAAGACACUGAAGUAUAUUUUUCUCUAUACGAUGCCGGCAAGCUAAAGUAUCUAAGCGAACGUUUCCUAGUCAAAAUAUCCAAAGAAGGUUUCACAAACCACAUUGAAAAGUUGCACAGCAAUUGCACAGUAUUCACGGAUCUAGGCAAUUCCGAUCUGAACAAGGACAUUUACAUUGUGGCUCACGUUAUGCGAAUAGGCAAAAUGCUUUAUUCAGACAGUUCUAAGAGAACUGAAAAAUCAGCUGGACAACCUCAGUUGUUUAGAAGACCUCACGGUAUUGGUGUACAGAAUAUUGGAGAAUUUUUAAAUAGUAAAUCCGAGGAUGGAGAGGAAAAAGAAAUCAGCAUGAAGGUUUAUCAAGGUGAAGAUAAAGACUUUCAUCAGCUGCACGAGUUUAUAAUAAGACAAUCUGGAAAAUAUUCAGCAUUAUCUGGCCCAAUAAAUUACGGAAUAAUGAUUAGCUUAAAAAUGCUCCACGGAGAAUUGCGCACCAUAAGAGAAGAAAACCCGUUGCUUUUCAAAAAUGUCUGCUUAACAAGCAAACUAGGUUUUCCAGAUGUAAUAAUGCCAGGAGACGUAAGAAACGAUUUAUAUUUAGUUUUGGAUAAAGGCGAAUUUGAAAGAGGUGGAAAAUCAACUGGCAAAAAUAUCGAAGUAACAGUUUUGGUAUUAGAUGGUGCAAAAAAUAUUGUCAGAAAUUGUCUUUGGGGGGCUUCAGGUAUAGAAGGCGUUUCCGAAUAUAAUUCAAUGAUCAUUUACCAUCACAAUUCGCCUGCUUGGGCUGAAAAUAUCAGGCUAACUUUGCCCAUAGACAAAUUUGCUGGAGCUCAUGUACGUCUUGAAUACAGGCAUUGCUCAACCCGUGAAAAAAACGACAAAAAACUUUUUGGAUUUUCCUUUUUGAGGCUCAUGGAUAAAGACGGGGCGGCUGUACAAGAUGGCCAACACGAAUUAUACAUUUACAAGUGUGAAGAUUCUAGCAAAUUAGAAAAUUGCGGCUAUUUGGCUUUGCCAUCUUUUGCUAAAGAUUAUGAAGGAAAUCACGAGGCAAGUGGGCAGUUUUCUAGGAGCCAGAAAGAAAUGAUUGCCAUAAAAACUCUUUUGUGUUCCACAAAAUUGACUCAAAACGUCGAUCUUUUGGCUUUGCUUCGUUGGAAAUCGCAUCCUGCUCGUAUACAAGAAUCUCUCACUAGAGUUUUGAAACUUGGAGCUGAAGAAUUGAUUAAGUUUUUGCAAGAUGUUUUGGAUGCACUGUUUGCCUUGUUUUCGACUGAAGAUGGUAAUUCUACUCCGCAAAGUGGCUUGGUUUUUCAUGUGUUGGUGUCAAUUUUCAAUUUGCUGGAUGGCAGCAAGUAUCAACAUUUCAAGCCUGUGCUGAACGCUUAUAUUACCAACCAUUUUGCUGCUGCACUAGUUUACAAGGGUCUUCUCACAAGCGUCCAACACUGCGCCGAUUGGGUAGUUUCCUUCGAAAAACAAGAACCCAUCCAAAAAUGCUUCAAAAGCCUAGAGUACAUUUUCAAGCUUAUCAUCCAAAGUCGCUUAUUAUUCUCCAGAGCAACUGGAGGACAUUUUGAAGACAACUUCAGAAGGGAUUUGUAUAGUGUAUUCUCAAGCUUGAACCAAAUGUUAAAAAUCAAUGAUCCACAUAUUAUUAAUACACAGGUUGCGUUACUUUUGGCUAUUAGUGCAGUUUAUGAACAACUCAGUGAAGUUCUGCCAACAAUCGAAUGCACUAAAUUAUCUGCAACUAUGUUGGAUUCAAUACCGAAAGAUUUGCCUCCAUUACUUGUCCAAGCAAAAUUGGCUUGCAUUAAAAAUUUGGUUACAAGUAAAUUGUUCCAAGAUGAUGAAUCCAGAGGCAUUUUGUUAACUAAUGCCUGCAAACAUCUCCGUUACCACUUGAUUCGUAAAGAAGAACUAAAAUUAUGCACAGAAAUAAUGGGCGAAGUUUUAGGCUUUCUGUUUAAGCAAAGGAAGUUGGGCGAAGAGCAAGGGAAAAUCAAUAAUUGUAUUCAUCACGAUGUUGAUACGUUGAAUUUGAGUAUUUUGGAGGUUCUUAUUCAAACUGUUUUGAGUGUUAUCGAUAAGGAUUUGAAAAUUUUGGGCUGUUUAGUUGCUUGUCUGAUUGGGAUUUUACAACUUUUGGACGAGUUUCAUUACAAACAUUUAUGGGAAGGACUUAUGGGACAAAAUUACGAUAGGAAACCUUUAAAAGAUUUCCUAUUGAGGGUAUUUUUAGUUUUCCGCAACUUGAUUAUAAUGGAAGUUUUCCCAUUGGAUUGGCUCAUCAUCAAAAUGCUAACAAAUAAUGUUAUUUUGAAAGCUUUGCAGGAGUUUGCACAACCUUUGGCUUUUAAAUUUUUGGACAGUAGGGCUGGAUAUUUUGACAAAGAGCUAUGGACCAAUUAUUUCAAUCUCUCUGUUGACUAUCUAACUCAACAAUCGCUUCAACUGGAACAAUUUUCCGAUGUAAAACGUGAAAAAAUAAUUGAAAAAUACGGCGACAUGAGAGUCCUUAUGGGCUUUCAAAUUCUGUCAAUGUGGUCUCAAUUGGGUGAAUGCAAGCUCCAUUUUAUCCCGUCUAUGGUGGGACCAUUUUUAGAGGUCACUCUAGUACCUGAAAUAGAGCUGCGCAAAGCCACUAUGCACAUAUUUUUCGACAUGAUGGAGUGCGAACACAUAGCCAGAGGCAACUUUAGACAAGUCGAAUGUGAGCUAAUUGAUAAACUGGAUAUUUUGAUUAGUGAGAAUAAAGGAGACGAUGAGUAUAGGAGAUUGUUUAAUACCAUGCUACUAGAUAGAGUCCAAUCAGAAGAUCCUGCCUGGAAGGAAAGCGGAGCUGCUUUUAUUAGUUCAAUUACAAGACUGUUAGAGAGACUUUUGGAUUACAGAAACGUAAUUCAAGGAGACGAAAAUCGCGAUAAAAGAAUGAGCUGUACUUUUAAUUUAUUGAAUUUCUAUAAAAACGAAUUCAAUCGUAAAGAAAUGUAUUUGCGCUACAUCUAUAAGUUGCACGAUUUGCACAUUUCCGCUGAAAACUUUACUGAAGCUGCGUUCACAAUGAAACUUUACGCAGAUCAACUUUUAUGGAACAACAACCAAAUAAUGUCAGAUCCAAAUUAUCCUGAUCACACCGAAUGCCAAGUAAAAGAGUUACUUUAUAGACAAAUAAUUAAUUAUUUUGAUAAAGGAAAAUGUUGGGAAAAAGGUGUACCAUUGUUAAAAGAACUGGCGGACCUUUACGAAACAACAUUUUUCGAUUACAAGCAGCUCAGUGAUAUUCUCAAAUGCCAAGCGAAAUUUUACGAUAACAUUUUGACUCAACUCCGUCCCGAACCUGAAUACUUUAGAGUUGGAUUUUACGGACUCAGUUUUCCACUUUUUGUUAGAAAUAAACAAUUUGUAUAUAGAGGCUUAGAAUAUGAAAGAAUUGGGGCUUUUACUCAAAGACUGCAAACGGAAUUUCCUUCGGCUCAAAUUUUAAUGAAAAAUACUCCACCUGAUGAUAGUGUUAUUAAUUCAGAUGGGCAAUUUAUCCAAAUAUGCAAUGUAAAACCAAUACCAGAAAUCAAUCCUAUAACAACGGCCACAGAUAUUCCAGAAAAAAUAGCCAGAUACUAUCAUUACAAUGAUGUAACAAAAUUCCAAUGUGAUAGGCCUGUGCAUAAAGGCAUUUUAGAUAAGGAAAAUGAAAUUAAAACUUUAUGGAUAGAACGCACAAUAUUGGAAACGGCCUCGCCUUUACCAGGUAUUUUAAGGUGGUUCGAAGUCAUUGACAGGCAAACUGAAGAAAUUCCUCCCGUUCAAUAUGCUUGCGAGACAAUGCAAAAUGUGGAAAACGAACUGAGGCAACUGAUAACGAUAUAUACGCACGAACCUAAAAGAAAUUUGAAUCCUUUUACUAUGAGAUUGCAAGGGAUUAUUGAUGCUAAUGUACAAGGGGGCUUGAGUAAAUACCAGCAAGCUUUUUUCACCAAAGAAUUUACGAAAUUGUAUCCGGAACAUAAAUGUUACGUCAACAUGUUGCAGGAAUUGAUAUUAAAUGCCACUAGAGUUAUAGAAGAAGGCCUAUAUUUGCAUGGCAAACUAGCUCCUGUAAGCGUACAACCCUUACACCAAAGACUGGUAGAAAGAUUCAUCCAGUUAAGGGAAAGUUUAGGAUCUCUGAGUCAGACAACUAACAGUAUUAUACAUACACCUUUGCCUCCAGUUCCUUCAGAAAAACGCCCCCUUGUGGAAAACGGCAGCAGUAAUCGCUCAUCAAAUUCGAGCGGAAAUUACGGGCAUUUAAUCGACCAUCAAACGGAUUACGAUAGUGUUUAUAAUAAAUCAGGAGAAAUCGAUCGUCCAGUUUUGAAUCGCGAGAACUUGUCACUGCCUAUGGGAGCCCCUCCGAUACCUCAAAGAGACUCCAGGCCUCGAUCUCAAGGUUUCAGCAAUACAAGUUUUUCAGAUUUGAGAACUCCCACUCGUUGUCCAUUGGAAUACAGUAGUUCUAGUUUACCUUCAAUGAAAUCGAGAGAAUCUGAUUCCGGAGAAAUUCCAUUACCACCAAAACCUACUCAUUCAAGAGAAAGGUCUGACUAA